AUGGACGCUACAGCAGAUGAUAGACGACUGAUACCAAAACUUAGAGCAAAAGCAGAGCAUUAUCAUGCCCGCAUACCACUACUCAGAAGCUUGCCGGGUAAGGCAUUGGCGAUUGUCAUUUUACUCGCCAUAGUCAACAUCGUCGUCUGGAUCGUAUGUGCCAUCGUGCUGGCCUUCCAUACCUCACUGGCCGCAACGGCUGUGCUAGCCUGGACCUUAGGCCUUCGACAUGCACUCGACGCCGACCAUAUCUCUGCCAUCGACUUGAUGACGAGAAGACUCAUGGCAUCUGGUCAGCGACCUGUGACUGUCGGUACUUUCUUCUCCCUCGGGCACUCGACGAUCGUCAUCAUUACCUCUAUCGUCGUCGCGGCAAGUUCUGCAGCCAUCUCAGACCGCUUCGGUGCCUUCUCUGAUAUCGGAGGCAUCAUUGGCUCCUCGGUGUCAGCUGGGUUUUUGAUCCUGCUGGGCAUCAUGAACGCAUACAUUCUCCACAAGCUCAUCGAGCAGCUUCGCCAAGCCAUCGAGGCACCAGUUGGCGAAGAAGCUAUCAAUUUCACCUUCGAGGGUGGUGGAUGCAUGAUGUUAUUGCUUCGCAAGAUGUUCAAGAUCGUCGACAGGCCGUGGAAGAUGUACCCACUGGGCGUCAUGUUUGGACUAGGGUUCGAUACGUCGUCUGAGAUUGCCUUGCUUGGUAUCUCUUCUAUCGAGGCUGCUCAGGGUACGUCAAUCUGGCUCAUCCUGAUCUUUCCAUUUUUAUUCACAGCGGGAAUGUGCUUUCUGGAUACUUUUGACGGUGCGAACAUGAUGAGCGUCUACACUUCCGCCAAGCUCGCUCGAGAUCCUAUCGCCAUCUUAUAUUACCAGUGUGUGCUGACCGCCAUCACGGUGGUGGUUGCCAUCGUCAUUGGCGUUCUUCAACUCCUAAACCUGAUUCUCAGCGUCAAGCCCGGCCUUCACAAUUCCUUCUGGGAUGGUGUACAGACUGCGGGUGACCAUUACGACAUCAUCGGAGGCGCCAUCUGUGGCUCGUUUCUCGUAUUUGGGCUUCUAUCUGUUCUAUUGUAUAGACCAUGGAGGAACAUGGUCGAUCGCAAACGCCCCUCCCGCCCAAUCUCUCUGGAGGUUCGAACGAGUGCGAUAGAUCCUAGUGGUAUGGAUGCUAUUGAACCACAAUACGAAAACUCAAGGACAGCCGAUUUGAAGACAAGUAAGAUGAGCAAUAUCCAUGUAGAUGCGGAUGAGAUUCAAGCGUCUCGCGCCUAG